AUGGACUGUACGAAUGUAUUUUGUGCGCUUGCUGCUCAACAUCUUCUCUAUGGUAUUGGUGGAAUGCCGUUAAAUAUCUGGGAGCAGCUGUUCUCAUGUAGGACUACAGCAACAGUGUAUUUCAGAUGGAUCAUACACUCCCGUGAUGAUUACGCCAUGGAACGUCUUCACCGUAUGCACGACUCUUUCUCCGCCUUCAAAUGUCACACUAUCAUGAAUUGCACGAAAACAUGUCCUAAGGUGAAGUGGCACGUUUUUGGACUAAUAAAUCUUACUUACAAAACAAAACCACUUACAAAACUUGUGUAUUUCAGAUGGAUCAUAGACUCCCGUGAUGAUUACGCCAUGGAACGUCUUCACCGUAUGCACGACUCUUUCUCCGCCUUCAAAUGUCACACUAUCAUGAAUUGCACGAAAACAUGUCCUAAGAACCUGAAUCCAGCGAAGGCUAUCGGCGAGAUAAAAUCGCUUCUGACUGGCGUGGGAACGAAACCGGCACCGGAACCAGCGAAGUCGUAA